AUGGAAAAGGACUCUUUGGAGAUCAGAUUGAAAACAAUCCGAAAUUCACUGGUAAAUAAUGCCAAAGAAGUAUCGGGAAAGCAUAGGAGUACUCUGGGACAUAGAAUUAUAACUAAAUGGAGGUACAGGAAGAAACCAUAUGACGGCAAUUCAAUGCUGCCUAAAAACUGCAAGAACCAUGUGCAAUUAUAUGAUGAUCUGAUACAGAAAAGCUCUAAUGAUUUGGCUGGAUUCCGAUUGCAUGAUUUGCAAGCCUUGUUGGAGAAAAUAUGUUUGAUUCAGAACCACACUAGGCUCUUACUCGUUGAAUGGGACGUUCGAUGGGUUAACCCACUUACGCUAGCAUCCAAGGGUUGGGAGUCAUACCAGGGGGAAUCUCAAUUGCAAGCGGUAUUUAAGUGCUGUUGUUGUCACGCGGUUAUGACAAUUCUUUCAAGUGAAAAUGACUAUGCUCCCACUAGCUACAACAUGAAGUUGAAUGAAAAAAUUUGGCACGACAGUAUAAUUGGUAAUCACCUUCAGGAGUGUCCAUGGAGGAACAAUCAGUUUAAUUUGAACAAAGAAUAUUAUUUGAGCACACAAAACCUUAUUAGAGAUAUUGAGAGAAUUCAUGCAGACGUUGACAAAAUUACCACUGGAUCAAAGGAAUUUAGCCUUAAAAGGAAUUCAUCUCGCAUAUUUCAUUACCUGACUGAAAAAGAAAUGCAAAAAUUGGCUUUUUUUUUCAAUUGUAAGGAUUAUUCUCUUGUAGGACUGUUGCUUCUUGGCUACACAAAAUUCGAGAAAGACAAUCUUGUUCAAUGCACAGCUUGCUUUCAUCGCGCAUCUCUGAAGAUUUUGGAACAUACAAGCUUUAACGGGCAUGCUCAAUGGUGCCGAUAUUACAAUAAAGAGUUGUUGCCCAAAAUGUUGCUGGAGUUGAUUAACAAGGAGGACAAAGUAAUAACAAGAAUGGACGUAGGAGAAAGAUUGGAUAAAUUAGAGAAUGUUCUACGAACAUUAUAA